ACAGGACGUUGCCUUUUUCGAUGCCAGUAAAACAGGACAGCUGGUCAGCCGACUAACCACUGACAUCCAAGACUUCAAAUCAUCUUUCAAAUUGGUCAUCGCUCAGGGACUGAGGAGUGCCACACAAACCCUUGGCUGCCUGGUGUCUCUAUAUUUUGUUUCACCAAAACUCACCGGGCUGCUUGUGGUGGUGAUGCCAGUAUUGGUUGGUACCGGAGCAUUACUGGGCUCUUCCCUUCGCAAGCUCUCACGAACAGCACAGGAACAGGUGGCGAAGGCAACUGGUGUGGCUGAUGAGGCGCUUGGAAAUGUCCGAACUGUGAAGGCAUUUGCAAUGGAAGACAAAGAAAUUCUGACUUUCUCCAUUGAGGUGGAUAAAUGCAGUCACGUCAAUCAAGUGCUAGGAUUGGGAAUUGGUGUUUUCCAGGGAUUGUCCAACUUGGCACUGAAUUGCAUUGUUCUGGGCACCAUUUACGCCGGUGGAUCUCUUAUUAUGAGGGAGGAGAUGUGUGCUGGGGAUCUGAUGUCUUUUCUGGUGGCUUCCCAAACGAUUCAAAGGUCUUUGGGAAGCAUCUCCAUCCUGUUUGGACAGGUUGUACGUGGGCUGAGUGCUGGAGCCAGGGUUUUGGAGUUGAUGAUGGUUCAGCCAACGAUUCCGCUCCGGGGAGGCCUGGAGAUAGACGCUCACUCACUAGUGGGCCAUGUGCAAUUCCACCAUGUACAGUUCAGCUACCCAACCAGACCUGGCCACUCUGUGUUACACGAUUUCAACCUGACUCUACAUCCUUUUCAGACAGUGGCCAUUGUGGGUCAGUCUGGAGCGGGUAAAUCGACAAUCGCUGCUCUGCUUGAGAGGUUCUAUGACCCGGAGGUUGGGGUUAUCAAGUUGGAUGGUUAUGACAUCAGGACACUUGAUCCCUCCUGGCUGCGCAGUCAUGUCAUUGGCUUCAUAAAUCAGGAGCCAGUGCUUUUUGGCACCAACAUCAUGGAGAAUAUACGCUUUGCCAGCCCGGAGGCCACAGAUGAGGAGGUUUAUGAAGCCGCAAGACAAGCCAACGCUGAUGGGUUCAUUCGAAGUUUCCCUGAUGGAUACAACACCAUCGUAGGUGAGCGCGGAGCAAGUCUCUCAGGUGGACAGAAACAACGGGUGGCCAUCGCACGGGCGCUGAUUAAAAACCCUCGUCUCCUGAUCCUCGACGAGGCAACAAGUGCCCUGGACACGGAGUCUGAGAGAGUCGUACAGGAGGCUCUGGAUCACGCCAAGAAAGGGCGGACAGUACUGGUCAUUGCCCAUCGACUGAGCACCAUCAGGGCAGCAGAUGUUAUUUGUGUCCUUGACAAUGGUCAAAUUAAGGAGGCUGGUACCCACGUGGAGCUGAUGCAGAGAGGAGGGCUGUACGCAGAACUGAUCCGCAGACAAAGUAAUCCGCAGCCGCUGAACCCGGACACAAAAUAAACUCUUCAAUGAUUUUCAAAAGACA